AAACACAUAUAUGUGCAAUAUAUUGCUUUAAAUAUUAGAAGCGCAGUACUCGUCAUUUCUAAAUGAUGACGAAUUGCGAGCGUCAAACCUUCAGAAUUCUGUUAACGUAAAAAGAAGAGCUGCUACACUAGAUUUAAAAAACAUGUCCACCCCGGAGUGUAACGAGGAUGUUAUCUUUGAACAAUUAGUUAAUAUUAGAAUCACAACACCUGAAAGUGUUAUUAGAAUGGGCCUUUUAGAUGGACAAGCUUUGUGCAGCAAGCUCAUGACUAGUUUGGGAUUUUUGAAAGAAUACCUGGCCAACUGUAGACUACCGCCAACUAAUUUAUACGCUAGACUUAUAAAUGGCCUAAAAACUUUGGAUAAAAUGCUGUGUUAUGAUGCAGACUAUUUUCAAAAAUUUGAGCUUUUUUAUUACUGUAUUCAUGAACUAGACAAAGAAUUUGAAAUAUGUGCAGGCCCUCCGGAUUGGAAUGAGGAACAUAAUCACAAAAAAGUUUGCAAGACAUACAAAAAAAUGGUAGAUUGUUACUUCAUUAAAGUAGCAACAGUAUGCAGUUUGGAGGGAGCAAAGGUCUUCAAAAAAUUAAUUGUAGGAGUCAUAAAUGAUAUCAUUAACUGCCCUUGUGAUGUGAGUCAUGACCCAGAAGUUAAAAAUCCCAUGCCAGAGCAGUACAUACGAAAAAAUGUCGGGGAAGAACUAUUUUCAGGGGUAAAAACCACAAGACUGUUUAUGUCAAAACUAUUUAUAAUAUUUACUUCUUUACAUGUAAUAUACCUAGUAUAUAGUGCAAUACCCAUUUAAUAUAAAAUAUUAUUAUUAAAACUCGUCAUUUAUUUAUAUUUACCUUAAUUUAACAAUUUAACUAUGGUAAUUAUUUUUUCUUUGAACCUCCAAAUCCAGAGAAGCCCAUUAUAGCAGCCAUUUCAUCGACAGGUUCAUUACCAUCCAGCAUUUCCUCUGCUUUUCUCUUUUCUUUCCUCUUUUCCCUCCUGUACUCCCUCAAUUUCUCCUCCUCUUCAGCAAUUUCCUGCAUUCUCGAAGCCAUAUCGUAAUCCUUCUUUUUCUCCUCCAUUUUCUUUUUGUUCAAUUCGAAUCUUUGCUUGACGCUAUCAAGAGAGCUUCUCUCCACCUUCAUCGACAUGCCCAAGUUACGUUGAUGCUUCUUUCCGUUGAUAUGAUCCAAGAAAUUGAUUGAGUCUUUAACAACACAAUCGCAGACAUUACAAUAAUAUCCUCCAGACUGAGAGGUGGGUGUGUUUUUGUUUAUGACGAUACUCUUGCCUAAUUUCGAAUCCAAGUCGACUUUGUAUUCUCUGGUCUUGAGGAGUUCCCUUUUGACUGGGGGGCCCUUCUUUUUCGUGUCCAAUUCCUCGAGUUUCUCUUUUUCCUCUUUUUUCCGAUCCUCGGCCAGCUUUUCGUACUCUUCCCUGUCCCAUUUUCUUCUGUGGUCGUCAGGUCUCAUCGACAUCGUGGGGAUUGUUUAAAUAUUAUUCUUAUAAAUACACAAACAACAAAUGUCAAAACAAGAUGACGUUU